UGUGAGAGGAACAGAGGGCCAACACAGACAGACGCUCACCACCACCUCUGAAGCUACAAACUUCAGCAUCCUAUCCAUCACAUGACAUCGGGACCUUAAUAGACUAUAGACACCACCGACUGUAAUGGACAUCCUCAGCUUCAUCACAGGGUGCACACUUGUCUCGCUUGGUCACUGUUGGAUAGUGAAGGUGCCCAAUACUGUGAAGGCAGUAGAUGGUAGUUGUGUAGAAGUGUCCUGUCACACCGCCCCCCACCACAGGGUCAUCUGGUACCGGUAUCAUAGCAUUCUCUAUCCCAAGGUUUAUGAUGGUAAGGAACCGACCAGUGUGGAGAGCAGCUUUAGAGGGCGUACAUCAGUGCCAGGCAAUGCAUCAGAGGGUGACUGUACACUGAGGGUUGAGAGUGUGACAUGGACAGACAAUAACCUCCAGCUCUACGUGUGGAUCAACCCUGAUGAGUCAGCUACACAAAAUUUCCAUCGUCAGAUCGCAAGGAUUACAAUUGAAAAUAGAAAAGCUCCUGCCUUAUCCAUGAAGAAUGCAUUGGUGGAUGGAGCCUUAUUCCAGGCCAACUGUACUGUCUGGCAUUCCUGCCCAUCCUCUCCUCCAUCCCUUCAAUGGAGCCAUUUGCCUGUAAAUUCUACAGCAGUGACUUCCACGGAGGAAAAGGGAGGGCUGUGGGUGUCUACUGAGACAAUACAAGGAAGAGGAACGUGCCAACUUCACAAAAAAGAGAUGAAAUGCACAGCUCAAUUCGCUAGAGUACAAACUGAGAGUCAACCAGUCAUUCUUAACAUCUCAUAUGCCCCUGUAGGUGUGAAGGUGAUGGUGGAUGAACUGCCAGUCAGUGAAGGUCAUAGUGUCAACCUGGAGUGUGUUGCUGACAGCAACCCCCAGCCAGGCAGGUAUGUGUGGAUCAGACGACAGGGAGGCCAAAGCAUCCAAAUGAAUUCAACUCAGGGCAAAAUGUCCUAUCCCAACAUUAGCAGAGACACCUCAUUCUCCUGCAUUGUCCAAAAUAAUAUUGGAUCAAAUCAGUCAGCCUGGCUGUUUCUGGAUGUCAACUUCCCCCCAGCAAUCCUCUCUGACUCCACUUGCUCCUUGAAGGGUGGGAUUCUGCACUGUGUGUGUAGAGCAGAAGCCCGACCUAAUGCCACUCUGCACUGGACGAUCAACGGAAGCAGCACUCUCCCAUCCUCCUUCACUUCCAUCACCAUAUACAGAGAAAAUAUGGUGUCAGCAGAACUCACUGGGCCUGUGGAAAGAGGCCCGAAUGUCUCCUGUGUAGCCAGUAACUCACUGGCCACUGACAUCCAGCAGCUGCCCCUUGACACAAAAUUCACAGCUGGACAGUUUCUGCCAUGGAUGCUGACUGCUCUGGCAGUUGUAUGUGUCUUUCUGUGGGGAGCUGUAAUGUUUGUACGCAGAAUACGUUGCAGAGAGAGACCAAAGGCCAGCUCUAAUCUCUCCACUUUGGAUAUCCCUCUAAGGCAACCUGUCAUGUCAGAGUCCCUAAGGUACAGCAAUCCCCAAAAGCCACAGCAAAAUACUAAGAGGACCAAGCCUAAGGCUAUGCCCAUGGCCAUGCCCAAGGAGAAAGCAAGGACCGAGGGCCAAUCAUCAGUCUACGAAAAUGACUUUGUUCCAAAUAAGCCUAGUCAAAACCCUAUAAAGAACUACGAGAAUUAUCCAAAGAUCAAGUUACAAGAUAACACAAAGGCUAUGUGUUCAAACACGGAUGAUAUCUACCAAAACUAUUGAACUACCAGUGAACACAACAUUUGCUUCAGAGUACAUAAUAAUAAUGUUAUCCAAUUGUUAUAAGUUGACGAUUGAGUCAUGUAGCCUCCUGUUGAAAGUCUAAAGUUUGUGCACCUGUCUGGGCUGUGUGGAUUGAGAUUUCUGUGCGUUUAAGUGAUGAAUGUAACCUAUGUUUUGUAUUAUAACUUUUGUAUCAAAUGUAUUUGUGUGUCAAAUUGCUUGUAAAAAUGUGUUAUGUGAACAUAAUUAUAACUGAAAUAAAAUACAAACAUGUCAACUUU